CCAGGGAACCCCCAGGGGUCUCUGUAAGGCUUUGGGGAUGGGGGUGACACGCUGGGGACAUUGCAGGGUGGGGGGUUCACCGGGAUGGCAGCGGGACGUGGCUGUCCCCAAACGCUGAGGUGGCACCGGGAGCGGGGGACACACCCGUGCCACCUGUGCCACGCCCUGCAGGUGCACCGGGGGAUCAAGGGCGUGGUCCGGGACAGUGACACCGAGCUGGGCAUCCCCAACGCCAUCAUCUCCGUGGAUGGCAUCAACCACGACGUCCGCACCGCCUCGGACGGGGACUACUGGCGGCUGCUGAACCCGGGCGAGUACGAGGUGACGGCGCGGGCCGAGGGCUACGAGGCGGCCACGCAGCCGUGCCGGGUCUACUUCGAGAACGUUCCCACCCCGUGCAGCUUCCGCCUGGCGCGGGCGCGGGGCCGCCACCGGCCCGGGAGGCCCCGGCCGGGCCCGGACCCGGCGCUGCGGCUGCAGCGGCUGCGGCUCCGCCGCCUGCGCGCCCACGGCCGCGGGCAGUGAGCGGGGCGGCCCCGGGGCCGCGGGAUCGGCCGGGGGCGCGGGGGAACGGGCGGGACGGAUCCAGUAAAGUUUGGGUGCGCUGCGGCUGCGAGUGUGCGGGGCUGGAGCGGCGGAGGGAGCGGGAAUGGGAACGGGAACGGGAAUGGGAAUGGGAAUGGGAACGGGAACGGGAACCGGAAAGGAAAGGAAACGGGUCCGGGAAUAGGAUCGGAAAGGGGAAUGGGAAUGGGACCGAGAACGGGACCGAGACCGAGAAAAGGACCAGGAAUAGGAACGAGACCGGGAUGAGAAAAGGGAACGGGACCGGGAGCAAG